UUAGUAAAAUACAAAAGAUAGGAGUGUAGGGGAACCAAAAAGCAGACUGAAAGAGGUGGGUCUUCGGUCUGCAUCAGAAGGCGGCCUAAGAUCAGGCUGUCCUGACCAUUUUGGGAAGGUCAGUCCCCUGCUGUCAGGAGGCUGGUGUAUGAACCACCACAACACCCAUCUGCUUCCUGAAUUUCCUCAUUUCCCCCCUAAUGUUAAUGGACUCACUGCUCAUGUUCACAAGGAAAUACAGGCUCAGUAUUAUCAUUAUUUGUGUAUUCUUGCAGGACAAGUGGAGGGGGGGGUGUUUUCUUCAAUCAAAGCAGUGUGAGUGUUCUGUUUACCAUUCAUUGUGCAGCAGUAGUUGUAGCUGACUAUUGAAUGUUCUUGCUGUUAAAAUGACAGGCGGGAAAUUGGAAAUGUAAAAUAUGUAUCUAUGACUGAUAGCUGCCCUGAGUAGAGGCUCCUGGAGUGAUGCAGCUGAGCUGUACAGUGCAUCAUCACUAAAGCAGAUCUCCAUUCAAGAGGACUGGAAUACAUUCACCUGGAUUCCAGCAUUCAAAGGCACCUGUAUUUACAGGACUGAAUCACACACAGACAAUUGUGUGUGUGCAUUUUGUGUGGAGCUAUUGUGGGUUAAUGGACAUGUUCACAAAGACUGCUCUAAUAUUUGGAGAGCCUGCUGAGGAACGUGUUUAAGCUCCUCACCAAUCAAGAAGCAAAUUUUCUUUAAUUAAAAUUAGUGAAAGCUAUGGACUGGAAUGUCGAGUAAGACGUUUUGGGGUAAUUUUUAACAUAAUUUUUGGACGCUGCAUAUGUGUAUUAUGGAAGAAUACCUACGGUGUUAUUUGUAAAGAACCAUUACACCAAGGCAAGAAAUAAUAACUCUAAAUUCUAAAGUGAUGGUGUUAAAUACGCUAUGAAUAUUAAAUAACCAAUGAAUAAUAAGGAAUAUAUACGUUAUUAAGAAUAAUAUAACCGUACAGUUGAAUAGAAAGUUCAUUAAUGACUUAAUUUCUCAUUACACCGAUAACGAUCAAUGCUUGUCAAUUAUCGACGGUCACCAAGCCCAUGCGUCUUGCGCAUUUUUUAAAACUAGGUAUCCUUAAUUUCUAUCUACCUCCAAAUGACUCCGACAAAAUCGCAUGCCUUUCUUUGUUUCACCGCAACAUAUUACAGACUGUUCGACUGCCUACACACAUUAAUUGCACGAAACAACAAUCAAAUGCAAGUCUGUUUAGUUUUCAAAUUAGCCUCUUCUGAGUAUGGGAGAUGCGGUAGGCUUCUGUUCUCAUUACGAUUUAAUUCGCUGGCUCUCCGAACCCGCGCAAGUCCAUAGAUAACUGCAAGCCCAACCAGCGACUCAGACAGUGCGUGCUGGUGGAGGUAAGGGAACAGUUUGUCGCCAUCUCCGCGUUCCUUCGUUCUUCCCUGUGAUGUGAUGGUGGUCGCAUCAGAGCUCCCCAAUGUGGGAAUUUAAGUUUAAAAGAGUGUGAAAACGGAAAAUAAGAAAGAAGGCAAGAACGAUAAUGACACAACGAGAAUUUCUAACGCGGGGACAUGAAAAGGUCUUCACUUGACAGGACAGAUGGAUUUUGGUACGCUUUCCCUGAGGUACAUGGUGCGUGGGAGUCAGAAGAUAGAGUGGCAGAGAGAUUCAGUGGAGGCGCUGGACAGGAACUUAUCCAAAUGGCCCCAGCGUGGAAGAGUACAGUGGAACCUCAGAGGUCUGGCCUGGUCAGCAACCCAAAUCAACAUGAAACCAGAAGUAGCAUACGUAUUUGCACCUCAUGAAGCUUAUUUUUAAUUGCCAAAGAGAAUAAAACUGUCUCUGUCACAGCAGAUGCAAAAGAAAAGGAAGAUAUAGGGUGAAAACUGUGGCAAUACUGAACUAUUCAUCCUUUGAUGUAAGACUUCCCUGAGAACAACUGAAGAAAAUUCAAUCACGACCUUGCUCUCUUGCUAUCAACUUUGCCUCUUCAAAACACUGUUAGAGCUUCUGCUCUAUAUGGAUUACUCAAGUCUUGGUGGGCUCACAGCUGACCCCAAGUGGAGCCUGGGGAACUAACAACCAAAAAGAGUAUAUUUGAACUCAGAUGAUGGGCAGCCCCAGCAGCCCGAUGUCUGUGGGUUUAGGCUCCACUACAGCCUCACUGGACACAGGCCAGCUCGGCGGGCUGGUAGCCUGGCAGGGGAACACCUCCAUCAACAUUAAUCAGAGCCAUAACCGGAGCCAGAUGGACCCCAGUGUGACCAUGAAGGAGAAGAACUGGCCGGCCCUGCUGAUCCUGGUCAUCAUCCUCCUCACCAUCGGCGGAAACAUCCUGGUCAUCCUGGCGGUGUCGCUGGAGAAGAAGCUGCAGAACGCCACAAACUUCUUCCUGCGCUCGCUUGCCGUGGCCGACAUACUGGUGGGCAUUCUGGUCAUGCCCAUCUCACUCAUCAAUAUACUGUACGAUUACGCCUGGCCUCUGCCCAGCGCGCUCUGCCCCAUUUGGAUCUAUCUGGACGUGCUUUUCUCCACCGCCUCCAUCAUGCACCUGUGCGCCAUAUCGCUAGACCGCUACGUGGCCAUCCGCAACCCCAUCGAGCACAGCCGCUUCAACUCCCGCACCAAAGCUAUGAUGAAGAUCGCGGCCGUCUGGACCAUUUCCAUAGUGAUCUCCAUGCCUAUCCCUGUGAUCGGGCUCCUUGAUGAAGAGAAGGUGUUUGUGAAUGGGAGCUGCGUGCUGAACGAGGAGCGCUUCAUGCUCGUGGGCUCUUUCGUGGCCUUCUUCAUCCCACUGAUCAUAAUGGUGGUGACAUACUGCCUUACAGUGCAGGUGCUGCAGCGCCAGGCCUCAGACCUCCUGUACGAGAGUAAGGUCCCGGUCUCCCAGCAAGCCCUGCAGCCGGUCCCUCCGCCCCAGACUCAGCCCAGACGCAGCAGCCUCAGCUGCCUAAAGCUGGAGCCGUCCCUCUCCACCACGCCCUCCAACAGCAUUUCCGUCAUACCCGGCUCAGAGGCCCCCUCCCAAUUUAGCUCUCCCGGGGGGCGGGACAUGGGGGGCCAUGGAAGGCGGGGCAUGAUGCAGGCCAUAAAGAAUGAGAGGCGGGCCUCUAAGGUCCUGGGCGUGGUGUUCUUCCUCUUCCUGGUGAUGUGGUGCCCGUUUUUCAUCACCAACGUCAUGUACGUGCUGUGCCGGGGAGCUUGUAACGAGCCUCUGCUUGGGGAGCUCCUCAACGUCUUCGUGUGGGUGGGCUACAUCUCCUCGGGGAUCAACCCACUGGUCUACACCCUCUUCAACAAGACCUACCGGCGGGCUUUCUCCAACUACAUGCGCUGCCACUAUCCGGGAGCGGGGCUCAAACCCCACAGCGCCCACCCCCCCUGCCCAUCAUACACAGUCACGCCUACUCUCCCGUGCGGAAAAGAGAGCGUUGACCGCAACAGCAACUGCCACAACGGGGAAGGGAGUCUGCUUGGGGGCCCGGAGGCGGACAACAUGGACGACAGGCUGGAGCUGAGGCCAGAGAUGUCCGAGGUUUCCAUCAACAGCAGCCUUGCCCCCGGGGAGCACACCAGCUUCAUGUGAUAUGACUUCUGUCCCGUCUGCCACCACUCCCUAGUGGUGCUGUGGCAAAAAACGGGCAGGAAAUGGCACACCUCACUGUGUGUGUGUGUGUGUGUGUAUGUGGGCAGGACAUGGCACACCUCACUGUGUGUAUGUGUGUGUGUGUACACUAUAGGACACAGGCAGGGAGAGCCGAGCAUGAGCAGAGACUCACCAAGGAACCCUUGAUCGGGGUAAUCCACACACACACACAAAUAAAUGGACAAAAUGGUUCUGCGGUUUAACAGAAUGCAUUAUUUUGCAUCACGUUUCAAAUGAAAUUCACUUGUCCUUGGACAGACUGUAUUACCAUACAGUUAUUGGACUAACCUGGCAGCUGUGCACAAGAUUGUUUAAAAACGCAUAUCAGGAUGGAACCGUGGAGUCACAUCACCCCCAAGUGGUGGCAGGGACAAUUUGCUCUAGACUGGUACUGCUGAAUUUACACAAGUAGUAUAGCUGUAUAUGACUGGACUAUGAACAAUGUUGGUAAAAAUAUGCUGUUGUUUCAGAAAAAAGGCAUUCAAUUUAAUUUGCAGCUGUUACAUUUAUAAAUAUUUGCAUAAAUCCAAAAAUAGCAUUAAACUGGGCCUACUAGAUUAAUAUGUCAAUGUGUUCAGAACAUUGUAAUUGCUGAUCAGCCAUUACAAACACCCACUCUCUAACCCCAGGUGGAAGAUUCCACCAAUUACCCUGGCACUAUUAGAUAAUUAGCUGCAUGCACCAAAGACAGUUCAUUCAUAUAUUUUACCACAGAAACACAAUUCAGACAGGGACACAAGAGCAGAGCUAAUCAAGAGAUUUAGAAUAUCAGAUUGAGUAAAUGACUGUGAUUAAGUAAUCAAGAGCAGAUGUUGGCGUCAAAUCCAGAAACAGAAAUGACCCUCCUUUUCCACCCCUGCUCAGACUCACAACCCCAAUAUUUACCGUUCCUUUGGCUGCAGCACCAGAAACGAGCUGUCGUCUAAACUCUUCAUCUCCAUUCCUCUUUAACAUGUACACAUUUAGCGCACUGCAAAUAGUAAGAUGCAUUUUGUGUUGCACUCUAAAAUAUAAAUGGGUGGUCAAAGUUGUAGGUUUGCACUCCAGGAUUAUGUCUGAAGUAAUGGUUUACUUCAAGCCCUAAAUAGUCACAGAGAAGUCUAUACACACCAGAGGGAUUGUGGUUCUGCACAAUGACCGAUUCCCUGUAUUUGUAAUUGGUUUGUCAUUUAUGAUUUGCCCUUUGUUUUCACUCAAAAAACAAAAACAGAUAUUCACUCCCAUAGUCCAUCAUCUGGUGUAGGUUAUAUUUUCAGACACUGUUAAGGUCAGUGCUGUCUAUGAUAUAAUAUGGGAAAAUUAAAUGCUGAGGUGGAGAGGGGUGUUUUGUAUGUCUCUGGGUUAGGUCUAUAAAUAUAUCUGAAAUGUAGACAGAAACGUGAUCUCGUUCAGACUGUGAAGGCGGUCUGGAAAGGCCCGAUUGUGUUUUUGUGAUUACCUAAAGAGUGAAAAGCUAAUCUGUGUGUUGCUACAUACAAGCUUUAUAUGUUCGAUUUUUCACUGUGUACUUAGAAAUUAUGACUUGUCUUUAAAUGACAUUUUCCAAAACUAUUUUGUUUACCAUUACAUAUGUAUGUUUCUGUAAAGCAAUUGUGUAGUUUUUCUGUUUAUUUUUACAGUCUUUUCACAGUUUAUUUUUUUGUGACGGUGCUAUUUAUUUAUUAAAACGGUAUUUGUACAGCCUGUGAUUCAUUUCCUCGAUAGUUGCGACGUUUUCGAUGUGCAUGUGUGGGGCUUUCCUGCAUCAGUGUAUAGAUGUCAGAACCCAGUCUGAAAGGACUUCAGUGUCUGUAGGUUUCCUUUCAAUCCGCUGAAAGUUUAGGUCUUGGGAAGAUGGUGUGUGAAUUACUUGGUCAAUCAAUAAAUGAAAUGAAUUGCUGGUG